AAAUGCAAAACACCAUUUGCAAAUAUAUAAGAGUGUACAAAAAGUUUUGAAUGUUUAAAAUUCACGAGUUCAUCCUGAAUGAGAAUGUGCAAAUCCUCUCUCACGUACGACUCACCCUGAAUACGAGUGUGUGCAUUUUUGAGACUUUCCUGUCAGCACACACCUCCCACGUGAGUCACUCGUGCCCUGUAGCCAAUAAGAUGCGAGCUUACUGUUCAACCAAUCACAACUCCCUGAGAACGUGGGAAUGACCGAAGCGCUUCACUGUGCGCUCCAUUUGCGCAGUCUGACCUAAUUAACGGAGAUGAUCCUCUAAGAAGAAGAAUACUCCUCUAUUUAGCAUGGCAGGUGAAGAGCGGGAUGCGCGGGUAAGUGGUUACUUGAUUUCUAUAGUGGUUUAUGUAUGCAAAGAUUAAGUAUCAAACGUUUGUUAAAGCAAUGGCUGCUGUUGUUUAUAAUGUAAACUUUAUAACGUAAAUUAAGUCCGUUAUAAAGCCAACAUGGCGAGUGAAGAACGGGAUGGUCGUGUAAAAUAGCAUGGCUUCUGUCAUGGUCGAUUCUAGGAUUGUCAUUCAAGGGAGCUCAGCUAUAAAUUUGAUCAAGGACUAAUUUGGAGGUGGAAUCGAUCGCGUACUAAAGUGAAGACCGGGAGAGCGUAAUGCCGUUUUGGGUGUGGGUGGGUAUGGGGGGUGGAGAGAGGAGAUGAUCGCCGACUGUAAGGAACGGGCGGGGUGGGGGUCGGCAGUGUUGAUCGCGGACUAUGAAGAUAACAAAUGAUAAAAGGUAUAAUUGGUAUUUGUCUUACAGGCACUGUCAUCAGAAGUAGAAAUAGCAGCAAAAGCUCUGAUCGAUGUAUUAGCCAGGGGCCUUACUCCAUCUUUGUAAAGAAAUGCACUAGCUAGUGGUAGUAGACCAAUGAGAGAAAGCAUCUCAAGUGGGACCAUUCCUUUGCCUGCAGAGCCUGAAAACAUGGUAAGGCAAGCCUUAAAAAGGUAAUUUUUCAUGUUUACUGUAAAACACAACUUUUUGUGUCAUGCAAAAAAUGUUUCUUAUUAUUAAUAUGUUUAUUCAUUUUGCCCUUUUGUCACUAUAGGCAAUUCCCAAGUAUGUUUGGGACAGAGAUUUUUCUGUGGCCAAACCUGGAAACAUUAAAAAAACUGAUUUUCAAAUCCAUGUCCUCUCUGAACCCACACCCUUCACAUCAAAAGGAGAUGAAGACCUUGAGCUUGUCCAUGCUGGACUUGGAAAAAGGCUUUUAACUGUUCCAGAUAAUUUUAAACACAGUGAGAUUGUCAGUCUGCUUGAAGGAGAGUUUCCCAAAUUAAAAACACUUCAGGGUGGCUGGAUGUUUUACAGUCUACAGGUGGUGGUGGGCGGCGUAAGCUGUCUAUAAUUCCCACAGAUGCUGAUGGAUACUCAACUCGACUCCUAAAAUCAGUGUCAAAUAAUGGAAAGAACAUGCUGUUUGUAGUUCCAUUACAGGAACAGCUUUCCACUGAACCAUUACCUUAUGAUUCUGUGGAGUUUGCUAAGAUGCCACAGUCCAGCUGUAUGAAAUGUGGUAAGAAAAUACCACUGCCAUUGCUGCCCUUACACAUUGAAGAGUGUAAAGAAGCUGAGACAGAGUCUUCAAAUGAUAUGACCAUUCUAGAUGAUGAUGUAGACGAAAAUGUAAUCGAAACUGUUGACCAGCCAAGCUCACUUCACCCCAUCUUAGAACCAUCAUUACAGAUUUGUCCAAUUUGCCAGAUCUCUUUCCCAACUGAUGUCUUGCCUUUUCAUGCAAGCAUGUGUGGUGAAGGAGAAAGGACUUUUGGUGACAAUGAUUCUUCAUUCACUUUAAAUACAGAAGAAUUGCCAGGACCCUCAACUGCACAAUCUUCAACAUCCCUGUCUGCAGCAUGGAAAAAUGAAAUUGACCCAUUCAAAUCAUCUCGAAUGUUCUGUGAUGAGUUGCUCUCCAUCAAUUCACACUGUCCAUCUCUAUCAUUACUCAUCAACCAGUUUGAUACUAUGGAUGAACAAGAUAGUACCCUGGUUUCAUUUUAUAAAAUGAACAGUGCUAAUUGGUCCACUCCAUUGAAAUAUAGAUUGACUGGAGAUGCAGCUGUUGUGGCAAGGGAGUUAACCGCCAUAUUUUGUCAAUGAUGAUGCAAAAACUGAAGACUGGCUUCACUUUAAAUUUGGGUUUGUAAUUGGUUGCAGUUCGGUUACAUGUGCACACACACACACACACACACACACAC